GUGAAAGGUGAGUUUAUCGAGAAACGCAGUGGAAUCGCGUGAAUUUCGGCAGGAGGAGGACCACUAUAAAAUUGCAAACCGCUCUCGGAAAUCACACCAGUCUUCCAAUCGAGACUAGCCACAUACAUCUACUUCCAAAAUGAAAACCAUCAUUGUUGUCGCCGCCUUCGUCGCCAUUGCUAUGGCUGCUCCCGCCAUACAUGAACCGGAAGUUGUACUUCUGAAAGAAACUCCGUCGGACAACGUUGGUCUUGGCAACUACAAUUAUGGUUUUCAACUUUCCGACGGACAAACUAAGGAAGAAACUGCAGAAUUAGUUCCUGGCGGCACCGAUGGUCAGUUCCUCAAAGUUCGUGGCAGUUACUCCUUCGUCGACCCACUUACCAACGCUGCGUACACCGUAAAUUAUGUUGCCGACGAAAACGGUUUCCACCCUGAAGGAGAACAUCUUCCUCAUGCGUAAAUUUUUACGAAAUACGAUUGACUCAUUCUGGAAAUAGCGCGACAACUGAUACAGUAAUAUUGCAUCUCUACAUUUGGUUCUAUUGUUAUGAUGAAGUUGUUAUACUACGAUGGUUAGUUCCAUUGGAGUAGAAAGCUCAAUUGUACAUAUUGUUUAGUC